AUGUUACCUGCUAACGACAAAAACCACCCCAAGUGGACAUGGACCAUUCUCGAUAUCUCCGGCCCUAAGUAUGAUACAUGGAAAACGGACCUUUACUUCGCUGCCGCCACCGAUUAUACAGCUGACCUCCGCCCACUACUUGCCUAUGUCAGCUCCGCGGCUACGGACAUGGGCGCCUCGCAAUUAGCCAUUGCUAACAAGGACACCGGAGCUUAUCUGCGCGCUCAUCAAGUACUCUUCUGA